GAGAAAAUCAAAAUGGUUAACUGGAGGGAGUAAUCCGCUUGAAGUUCUUCCUCCUACAUGCGCCCUGUGGGAUUAGCCUUGAUCAGUGGUGAAGAGGUUGUCAUUUGGAUUGGCUAUACAUGCCUUUAAUUUUUUUUUUUUUGAUAGCCUUUUUUCCCCCAAAAUGAAAUUUUGGCAGGGACGCUCUGGAUGUUCGUACAAAGCAGCCUAUUCAGCCGUAGCGGUGAUUUCGGAAGGUGCGCACGGCUUGGUGAGGGCGUGAAGAGUAGAGCAGGCGUGGGAGGAGGGGACCAGUUCGGGAAGGAGCCGUGCCGGGUGCCCACGCACGCUUCAUCACACAUAAACGCAUCGUCACACCGCCGCACCUGCACACUAGCCCAUCGACACCGCCACCCCCCAUGGAUGAAUACAAAUGCAGCUGCUGCCAAGACGACGUGUGCACGAGCAGCGAAAAGAAGCUGUUCUACUUCGACGUGUGCAAGCACAAGAUCUGCGGGGAGUGCCUGGAGAGCCAACUGAGCCAACACAACAAGCAGCACUGCCCACGUUGCAAAAUAGGCGUGACGAAAAAAAAUGUAACUCCCUUUGACAUCGAAGAGAGAGUCUACUCCAACCAAAAAAACAUCAGAUCCAAAUUGACCGAAAUUUUUAACCAAAAAAGACACAACUUUGAAAGUACCCCCCAGUACAAUAACUACUUGGAGCAAAUCGAAGACAUCAUCUACCUCCUGACCAACGAAGCUGACGAAAAAAAAAGAAAAAUAAUCGAAGCGUAUAUUAAGAAAUACGAAAGGGAAAAUCAAAAAGUGAUAGAAGAAAAUAAUGUUAUCCUUUUUGAAAAUGAAAAAAAAAAAAUACAUGACAUUGUAAAGAAGGAGGGCAAUUUUUAUGAAAUUAUUAAACACAGACCACUUAUAAAAAAAUCCCACAACGAGGUCUUUGUGCAUUCCCUUGUUAAGGAGAAUCCAAAACUGUUUGACGAGAUAAAGGUGACCAAUAUUACUGAGUCCCAACCGCAGCCACUGAACCCGGCCAUCAAAAAUGAUACGGAUAUCCCCUUGCGCAGAUUUUCCUCAGAACAGGAGCUGAAGAAGUCCGACCAUGCGGGGGGGUACGACACCUCCAUCGUCUUUAAGAGGUGCCACACCGAAUUCAACUCCACCAUUUAUCUGAACAUUUGA